AUGGAGGUCAGAUCCUGGGGUUUUCGUUCUGCGGCGAUUAGAUCGAGCAAGUUCCGAUUUUUGAACACAGAAGCGGUAAAUCGGGAUCUGUUUGAGCCUGAUAUGAGAAUUUGGUGGUUGAUUGUGCUUAUAGUUCACAUUGUGAUGGAUGAUGAUGUGUUGAACAUGCCCAAUUGGGGUUAUUAUGAACCCUUCAGAGGGGGACAUCUUGGUCUGCAGCUGAUGCCUGGUAUGACUGAUCGAGACCCAAAGCCAUAUUUGCCUGGUCGUGAUCCAGCUAUGUUAAUGGGUGCAAAUGGAGCUUUUCACCCUCGAGAUUGCGUUGUUUCCGAAGCACCAAUGCAGUUAAACUAUGUCAGAGAUAAUUGGAUAAGCCAGAGGGAUAGGUAUUUCAAUAUGCAGCAGCCCACAAAUCCUAAUUAUGUUGUUCUUCCAGAAACAUCAGGAGCUCCCACCUUGCAAAUUAUACAACCACCCGAUACAUCAAGAGAUGAGAAAGUGGAUAAAAUUGAAGAGUUAGUUGUCAAAAAGGAAGGUGGUCAGUCCAAGAAAAGGCAAACUAAGGGUGCUCUGACGACUCCGAAAGCUAAGAAACCUAGGAAACCAAAGGAUAAUAACAAUGUUCCAGUUCAACGUGUGAAGCCACCGAAGAAGACUAUGGAGCUUGUAAUUAAUGGAAUUGAUAUGGACAUUUCUGGUCUACCCAUUCCAGUUUGUUCGUGUACUGGGAGUCCUCAGCAGUGUUAUCGUUGGGGCUGUGGAGGUUGGCAAUCGGCUUGUUGCACCACAAAUGUGUCGAUAUAUCCAUUGCCAAUGAGCAUGAAAAGGCGUGGUGCUAGGAUAGCUGGGAGGAAAAUGAGCCAAGGUGCUUUUAAGAAGGUUUUAGAGAAGCUUGCGGCUGAAGGGUAUAAUUUUGCUAAUCCGAUAGAUCUGAAGACUCAUUGGGCUAGACAUGGCACCAACAAGUUUGUCACUAUCAGGGUUUUAGAUGUUGCACAAUUGGGGAGCUCUAGUGGGACUUAA